CAAAAGGUGAAGGCAGUCGUCGUCAAAGUUUAAGUUCCUCAAAGACAUACUAUCGUAUUUACUGUCUGCACAAAUCGAGGUCUACUAUACUCAAUAAAAUCCGUUUGCAAUGGAUCAAAGUAACAAGUUUAUAAUCAGUGGCAGACCCGAACCAGUGAAUAUUACGGAGGGAUGUAGUUCCUUGGGGAUUUUACUGCGAAAACGGCUUCUACGCAACGGAGAUAAUGUAGCACUGGUCGAUGGUGUCUAUUCAAGCGAGUUGCGAUAUUUGGAGUUGUUGGAAAAAGCUGUUCGCUUGGCCGAUGCACUUCGAAGCGAGUUUGGUCUGCGACCGGGAAAUGUCGUGGGAAUAAUAAGUGAAAACCGUCUGGAAUUCCCGGUUGCGCUCUUCGCAGCCUUUUUCCUUGGUGCCACUGUCGCUCCAAUCAACCUCACAUACACCGAGAGAGAAUUUGACCAUGCGCUUAACUUAUCGAAACCGACAAUAGUUUUUGUUUCGCCAUAUUCCGCUGACCGGGCCAUUAAGGCUGCUAGACGUAACACAAAUUUUGUGAAGCAGGUUUUUCUUUAUGGCGAGGAUAAUCCCUAUGGAGCAGAUGUAAUGCUAUACGAUGAGUUUCUGUCCAAAAAACCCGCUAUCAAUCCCCAUACCUUCUGGAUCGAACCGACUAACAUGGAGGAGCAUGUCGCAUUGAUUAUGUGCUCUUCAGGGACAACCGGAUUACCAAAAGGUGUGCAACUUACCCAACGUAACGUGAUAGCUAGCCUUCCGCUUCUGUCGGAACUGGAAUCUUCUUUUGAAGGUCCGAGAAUAAUCCUGGGAGUUAUACCUUGGUUCCAUGCCUUUGGCUGCCUGACUCUGAUUAAUGUGCUGUGUAAUCAACAAAAGCUCAUUUCAUUGCCCAAAUUCGAAGAGGGUUUGUUCUUAAGUUGCAUUGAGAAUUAUCGCUGUUCAUUCGUGUUUGUCGUACCUCCAUUGAUGGUAUUCCUAGCAAAGCACCCACUGGUCGAUAACUAUGAUCUCAGCAGUCUUAACACGUUACUUUGCGGAGCUGCUCCGCUCAGUAAAGAAACGGCAGACUUGGUGAAGCAGCGCAUCGGAGUGAAGAAUAUCCUGCAAGGGUACGGAAUGAGUGAAACAACGCUAGCGAUGGUGGUACAGACGGCCGAUUGCAACAAACCAGGAAGCGUAGGUAAACUGCUGUUUGGCACAACAGCAAAAGUCGUCGAUCCGGAAACGGGAAGAAUUCUCGGUCCUAAUCAACCAGGCGAGCUGUGCUUCAAAGGUACACAGAUUAUGAAAGGUUACAUAGGGAAUGAAAAAGCAACUAACGAAACGAUUGAUAAAGAUGGUUGGCUACACACUGGGGACAUAGGCUACUACGAUGAGGAUGGAGAAUUUUUUAUCAUCGAUCGGUUGAAGGAAUUGAUCAAGUACAAAGGCUAUCAAGUACCCCCGGCCGAGAUUGAAGCAAUUCUGUUGACUAAUCCAAAAAUCAAAGAUGCGGGAGUAGUUGGAGUACCUGACGAGGCGGCUGGAGAGCUUCCUUUGGCAUUCGUCGUUAACCAACCGAACGUUACGUUGACGGAGGCUGAAGUGCAACAAUAUGUGGCUGAACGAACGUCUCCAGCUAAGCGACUCCAUGGCGGCGUGCGAUUCGUUUCAGAAAUACCAAAAAAUGUUAGUGGUAAGAUUUUGAGGAGGGAACUUCGCGCAAUGUUGAAUCGCCCGAAAUCAAAACUUUAAGUAAAUCAUCAGUCAGACUGGCCAUGAAAAAUUCCUUUUUAUAAAGAUAGAAUAGUCGUCUUACUGAAUCUCGUAAGAGCAUGGGUUAUGGGUUAAUUAUAUGAAAAAGAAGUGUGGUAGUUUAAUGUGUGACCAAAAAUAACUCAAUUUAGGACAAAUCAUUACUCAUAUACUUUUCUUUAUUUUUUCCCCUACAUAACGUUACAACGAAUGCCAGUGAACAAUAAUUUUUAUUCGACCAACAUAAUUCAAUGAAAAUAAAAUCAGGUGUAUGGUGAUAA